AUGGAAACUCAGAUGUUCAUAUUUGCUAUAUCAUUCGGGAUCGGAGGAGUUCCAUGGAUUAUAGUUUCAGAGAUAGUUCCUCUAAACAUAAAGGCUUCAGCUGCAAGCGUUGUGAAUUUUAUCAGCUGGACAUUUAACUGGCUUGUUUCCUUCUCCUUCAACUUCAUAUUUGAAUGGAGCUCAUCAGGGAUAUUCUUCAUCUAUUCAGCCAUUUCUGCAUUGGGUAUAAUAUUUGUAGCAAAGAUGGUACCAGAGACAAAGAAAAGAACCCUAGAAGAAAUACAAGCUUCAAUUACUCACAUGGAGAGAGAUGAAAUAGAAGAUGGGUCGGGAACAGAGUCUUUGCUGGAUAGAAGGGAGCACGGUAAGAUCAGUAAUGGUCCGGUGGCAGCCGCAGAGGGCAGGGCGACACCAAUUCUUAUUCUUAGCAUCUUUGCCGUGACUUGCAGUUCAUUUGAUUUUGGAUGGGUUGUUGGGUAUUCAUCGCCUACGGAGUCCGGAAUCAAGAAAGAUUUGGGUCUUACUGUAGCAGAG